UUUUUUUUUCAAACAUCAUUUCCGCUAUAGAGAUCAUGAAGGGUCAGGAGCUAUGACGUGAAAUGAAAACAAUUAGGGGACAAGAGAAGACUUAGCCCCGUCUGAAGCAGCCUCCGUCCCCUUAAGGAUUCAGCGUUGCUAUGCUGCUCUUUUGGAUCCUGAAGAGACUUCACCGUCCUGCGUCGCCACCAUCCAGCCUAUAUUUUUGGGCCAGAGGAGUUUCUUUGAGCGGAUCCUUGAACAGGUCUAACGUAGAGAAUCCGGGCGAGAAGCCAGAAUAUUCAAGCCAUGGACCCGACUCUACGAACACCGUCUCCACGGACUCGCAAAGAGUCACAAUACCACCUCCACCCACCCACUGCUGCAUGAGCGGGUGCCAUAACUGCGUGUGGAUCGCGUAUGCCGAGGAACUGCUGGAGUUAUAUAAAGAUGGAGGUGAACGGGCUCUCCGUGCCGUGGAGAAGAACAUAGAAGAUGAGACUCUUAAGAUGUUCAUAAAAAUGGAAAUCAAGUUCAGAAUAAAAAAAAGAUGAGACAUGACUUCCUUAUAGCGACAAAGACUUACAAGGCGGACAGGUGGAAGGAACAAUGCGUAGGUUAUGUCUUGUUCCUGUUAAAGUGACAUCUUCUCAUGUUUGAAGAUGUCCCAUUUUGUUGUGAGCUAAAUCCUUUAAAUUAUAAUUAUUUAUAGAGCGCCAACAACUACAACCACUACUGGUACGAAGAAGAGGUCCCUGCUCUUCAGAGCUUACAAUCUAGACGUUCUAGUUUGACCGGGAGUGAAUUUUUAAUCUUUUUUCCAGGGAUGAAAGGACUUUUAUAUAAUAUUUUAUAUUAUAUUUCCACAAUUUACCAUUAAUAAUGUAUGUUUUCCCAUUGUACAUUGCUGCGGAACAAUAAAUAAUAAUAAUAGUCUUGAUAA